AUGUGGGCGGAGACUAAAAUUUACAAACCGUUCCGCCUCGAUUUCCAGUAACCCGAGAGAUUUAUUGAAAUAUAGUUCAGAAACAAAUGCUUGUAGCUUCUUAUCCUCCGGUCAACUAAGGUAAUAGUUCAGAUGAAGUAGAAAUGAUGUAUGGUGUUUAAUUAACUGCUUUUAUAACAAAAAACAAGGCUAAUGACUAGCUAACCACCUGUUGGUGUAAAGAGCUCCUCUGUUUACAUUCACGUUAGUGUCGUUUAUUGGCAGCACAGUGUUCGUUUAAAAUUGCAAAGAGAGAGAGAUCUCUUUUUAUUUCAACUUUAGACAUGUAGCCAUACAAAGAGCUGGAUAAAGUUAACUUUAGUAAGACUGGUCGUUAUUUAAACUGAAGAACGACAUUCAGGCGGUUCUGUUCUGAUGUUUGACAUCGAGGAGAAAAUUAGCAAAGAUGUGUUCGGCCUGCACAGUCUGAUCCAGGGAGCUGAGCUCUGCCACCGGAGUCUGGGACAGAAACUAAGCCUGUAGGGAUGGCGUCUGCUGCUGCGAGAAAGAAAGGCGGCUGCGUUCGCCAGGAGAACGCCUGCCUGAUCGCAGAUGAGCGGUUCCGCAGCAACCUGGACGCCCUGCAGUUUGAACCUGAAGCUUCCGAUCUGCAGGUCCAUCACAGCCUCUCCGGGGUCAUGGUCAGCAGCAGCAUGGCGGCCAUGAGCGAACACAUCCAUCAGCUGGAAGCUGAGCUGGAGGCUCAGACUGAGGAACUGAAGGCAGCGGAGCUGAGGGCGGAGUCCUGCCAGGAAGCUGCCGUUCACAGUGAGGCUGUGGUCGCCACGGUUACCGAGGAGCUGAGGAUGCUGAGAGAGGAGCUGGAGAGCAGAACAGCAACAGGAAAGAGAGCUGAGCAGCAGAGGAACCAAGCUCUUCAAAAUGCAGAGAAACUCAAAGAAGCUUUCAACGAUUACAAAGACACGUUUUCCAUUAAACUCCGAAAGGUGGUGGAGAGUGAGACGACGCUGAAGGAGAGUCUGAUGGGGUCUGACAGAGAAAAGCAGGAGUUGGAGGUGAAGUUUUCUGCGUUGGAAAGAGAGCGAGCUGAGCAGAGCCAAACGGUUAGCCAGCUGCAGGAGGAGCUGAGGCAGGGCGGAGCGGCUGCGGCUCUCCUCCAGGCCCAGCUGGAGCAGGUGGCGCGCAGAGCCUCCCAGCUGGAGCAGCAGCUCUCAGAGCAGGGGGCCGAGUGCAGGGAGGCGGCCUCCGUGCGCAGGGAGGUGGAGGAGCUGCGGACGCUGACCCGUGACCAGGAGCAGAAGGUGACCCAGACCCAGGCUGAGCUGUCCGCCCUGGAGGCCGUUCUGGCUCUGCUGCACCUGCAGGAGGCUCCUGCAGGACCAAUCUGCUCCAAUCCAUGCAUGCUGCCCCCAGUGGACUAUUCAGGAGCUGCACAUCUGCUGAAGCUGAAGCCAGGUGAGGGCUACCAGCAGCUGCUGCGGGUCCUGCAGGUGAAGGAGGCCGAGCGUUUGAAACAGCAGAGCCAGAAGGAGCGGCUGCAGGAGCGUCUGAGCAGAGCCCAGGAGGAGAUCUCCGCCCUGCAGAACUCCAUGGCCCAGAGAGCCUCCCACUACCAGAACCUCCACACAGAGCUGCUGGAGCGGGGCAGCCAGGCCACAGACGCUCAGAAAGAGUUAAAAAGAAAAAGCGCUCGGGUUGCUGCGCUGGAGAAACAGCUGCAGGAAAAAAGCUCGGCGUACAGUCUGGCCGCUCUGAAGAACACGGCGCUGGAAAACGAGCUGAAGGAGAAGAGCAGCAGCGUUCAGCACUACCAGGUUCUGAUGAGCAGAAAGCAGAAGGAGCACCAGAAAGCUCUGGAUCAGUGUAAACAGUCUCACUCUAAGCAGCUGGCUGAGCAACAGCAUAGGAUAGAAAUGCUGCAGCUGUCUGUGGAGGAGAGCCUGGCCCAGAUGUUGGAACUGGAGCAGCAGCUGGGUUCUGUUCAGACGGAGCGGGACAAGGCUCAGAAAGCUGCGCUGCUGCUGCAGACCUCUUUGGAUCAGCUCUCACAGGAGAAGCAGGUUGAAGUUCGACACAACCAGGAGAUGCUGCAGAGUUUCAAAGAUCAGGCUACUCACUCUGCCACCAUGGUAUCUGAGCUGCAGUCCUGCCUGUCGGUGUGCAAGGAGGAGCUGAACUCGCAACUGCAGCAAAUGGAGGAGCUGAAGAGGAACCAUCAGACAGAGCUGCAGAGGAAGAAUGAAAAGGUCCACACUGAAAACGUCUGUCAGUUGGUUUGUCAGGGCACAAGGCAGUUAAACACACACACCUGUCCUCUCUCCUUGUUGCUUUUUCAGAUGUCUCGUCUGCAGGAGAAGCUGCACAGCACCAGCCUGGUCUGUCAGAGCUCCAGUGAACAGAACCUGCAACUGCAGGAGUCUCUGCAGCAGCAGCAGACCAUGCUAACCGAGAGCACGGCUCGGGUCUCUGAGCUGGAGGAGAGCCAGAGCCAAUUGCAAAGACAGGUGUCUGGUUUGGAGCUGCAGCUGGAGCGAGCGUGGGCUUCUCUACAAGAUGAAGUCAGGAGCAGAGGCCUGGAGGCCCAGGCUGCGGAGAGGAACCUGCAGGAGGCGACCGAACAAAACGGACAACUCUCCAAGUCCAUCAGUCAUCUCACAUUGAAGAUGGAAAAGCUGGAGGUGGAGCUGGAGCACCUGAGGAGCCAAGUGGCUGCAAAGGCAGAGCAGAUCGUUGGCUUGGAGCAGAACCUGCAGUGCACCAAGAGCCAAGUCAUCACCAAGACCUCCACAGUUGAGGAACUUGAAGAGAAGCUCCAUCGCUGUGAGGAGGAGCGGCUCUGCAGCAUGCAGAGAGUGAAGAUCCUGGAGGGUGAACUGCACUCCGUGCAGGCGGAGCUGGGCAACACCGUGGAACGGCUGCAGGAGCUGCAGGACGUCCUGCAGAGGACCCAGACCGUCUCUGACCAACGGCAAGCCCAGGUGGACAAACUGGGUUUGAGGCUGAGUGAGACCCAGAGGGAGUUAGAGGAGAGAACUCAUGAGGUCUUGGACAUGGACAACGCCCUGAAAGAAACACAGGAGGAGCUCCAGCAGAGAGCCAAGCUGCUCAGCCAGUUGGACGAAGCCAUCAGGGAGCACAAGCUGGAGAUGGACAGGAAGGUGGAGGUCCUGCAGCAGGAGCUAACACAAAGAAACGCCAAGGAGUCAGAGGAGCUCAACCAGCAGCUGUCUGAGUGUGAGCAACGGCUUCAGGAGGCGCUGGACGAACUGGAAGCGAGUCGGCGUGACCGUGACGCUCUGAGCAGAGAGCUGGACAGAACCAAGCUGCAGAUCAGGGAGACGGAGGCCCAGCUGCGCAGCGCAGUGGAGGAGCUACUUCGGAAGGAGUCUGGGUGGCUGCAGGAGGAGGAGCGGCUGCAGAGCACGCUCUCUGCUCUGGAGCAGGAGCUGGAGCUGGAGAAGGAGCAGCACAGUAAAGAGCUGGAGUCUCUGCAGCACACGCGGGGCCAGCUCCUCAAAGUGUCGGAGCAGAUCUCCUCCACCAUGCGCUCGUCCCAGGAGCAGCUCACCGCCAAGCUCCAGCAGAGCCAGGCCCACCUGGAGGAGGCCAGGGCGCAGUGCGGCCGGGUCAAAGCCCAGCUGGACCAGGCCGAGAUCGAGCUGGACUACAGCCGCAGCCAGGCCGGCCACCUCCAGGCGCAGCUGGACCAGAGCCAGGCGCAGCUGCUGCAGAGCAGAACCGAACUGGAGGACAGCAAGGUUCUGUGUGAGCAGACCAGAGUUCAGAGCAGCCACCUCCAUGCGCAACUGGAGCUGCUCUCCGCGCAGCUGCAGCAAAGCAGAACGCAGGUUUCCCAGCUCCAAACUCAACUCCAAACCUCGGAGAAGUCUGCAGAGAUGUCCGUUGAUUCGCUGCUCAUCAAGGAGUCAGAGGUGACCCGCCUCCAGGCCCGGAUCUCCAGUCUGGGACGAGCAGCAGAGAGACGGAGCCUCUGCAGCCACUCUCCCUCCCUCACUGAGCCUCCGGAGCCCUCCUUCUCCUCUCAGCCGUCUCUUCCUUCCUUCAGACUCUUACCAGCCUCCGUCUGCUUGUCUCCACACUCUCACCCGGGGCCCCUGCGCUCCCCGACACAUGACUGGCCUAAGAGCGCCAGCUUACACUCCUCCACGGACCUCCCUCGCAGCCUGAGGGGGGCGCUGAUCAGGGAGCCGUGGGACUCUUCCUCUGCGUCUGGUUUGACGUUCCCAGGGUCGGCCGACCAAAGCUGGCGGGGCCUCAGCUCCACCGAGGCUUCGUUCGACCCACUAACGUACAUGGCAGACGAACCCAACAGCGCAGACAUCCGCACAGAGGCACCGGUGGGACAGCAGGGGGACAACAUGCCACUCACUGAGUCCAGGAGGGAGUCGGAGGGGACUCUGGUGGGAGAGGACGAGGGAGAGGUGGACAUGAGCUCACUGACCGGGAUGCUGAGGUUUGUGAAUCAGACUUUAGCCAUGCAGCAGGAUUCGUCUCCAUGGAGCCCCAUAAAGCAGACGCAGACCUGACUCUCUGUCACUCUGCAGGGAGCUGCCUGCAUGGGGAGCACACCAACCAACCCAAAACAUCCCUGUAUUUAUCAACCUUCUCCAUGACUUGUCCCUUUAUGUGUUAAUGAUUAAGAUAAAUUAUUAGAGCAUGUUUAUGUGACCUCUUUAAUUGCACUUAGUAAAACAUGGAUUCUUUGGUUCAGCAGAAUGUAGCAUUUGCUUUUUAUUUAACCUUGUUAACUACUGUUUGUGAAUGUAAAUAGUUUUCUUAUUAUUUCUGCCAAUUAAAGAGUUUUUACAUAAACUGA